CCUGUAUAUUUACAUGUCUAACGUUUGAUUAUAAGUGUGUCAGGCUAAGAAAAUUUGUAUUUGGUACCCUUCCAUUUCGACCUUUCUAUAGUCCGGUCCAUAGACAAGGCCAGUUCUAAGAUGGGGCAGCCCGUCCAUGGAAUUUAGUUGAGCCUAAUUGAAGUCUAUUCUUAGUAGGAUGGCAAAAGUUGUGUUUUGUCUGCUGGAAGGGUUAUCUCAUGAAUGAAGUGACAUUUUACGCUACUCUUGGUGUGGCGUACCCCUGCUUUGUAUAAUUGUAUUUUUUAUUUGGUGACAGAUGACUUCCUAAAACAUUUAUUUAGUGUACAAGAUUUCACAUUUGAUGACUGUAAAGUCAUCGAGAAUUAUGCAAAUUUAUGACAGGCAUCCGAAUUUGACGUCAUAAAGCGUUAGCUCAUUACACCGUAUAAUGUUCACUGUAUGAUGAGUGCAUUCAUUAAACAACAUAACGACGUGAGAAACAUUAAAUCCACCCGAGAGUCUGCACUGUGCUGACUAAUUAACAUUGUUAACACCGGAUAUCGAGUGGGGUGGAAUAUAUAUGUGCCGAGUUAUUAUCAUUUAUGGACGUGUGCAUGGUGUCAAAAUAACGAGAGAGUACCAAAUGUGUGUAUCCACAUUGUAAGAGACUGUUGCACAUUUAUCGGACAUGGAAGGUACAAUGGAAGAUAAAUAUAUUUGUCAAGUGUCAGUUACUGGAUCUUAUUUGUAGAUAGAUAUAGUAUUAGUAGAUUUAUUUUAGGUAGUGAUAAAAUGAAAAUAGGUAAUCUGGUUUGAAUUAAUAAUCCUGGUAAGGGUAGUAUUCACAGUAUUGGUAUUAAUUCGAACAGAGGUACUUCCAAGUAGUACUUCCGAUAAAUGUGGUAAUUUUUGUAGGGUAAAUAAUCCCGGUAAGGGUAGUAAUUCCAGCAGAGUGGUAAUUUCCAGUAGUGGUAAUAAUUAUGGUAAAUAUGAUAACAGUAUGUAGGGGUAACAAUCCCGGCAGAGAUAGUAGUAUUUCCAGGAGUGGUAAUAAUUCCUUUAAACGUGGUCAUUUCUGUAGGGGUAAUAAUACCAGCAGAGGUAGUAUUUCCAGGAGUGGUAAUAAUUCGUGUAAAUGUGGUCAUUUCUGUAGGGGUAAUAAUACCAGUAGGGAUAGUAGUAUUUCCAGGAGUGGUAAUAAUUCGUGUAAAUGUGGUCAUUUCUGUAGGGGUAAUAAUACCAGCAGAGGUAGUAUUUCCAGGAGUGGUAAUAAUUCGUGUAAAUGUGGUCAUUUCUGUAGGGGUAAUAAUACCAGUAGGGAUAGUAGUAUUUCCAGGAGUGGUAAUAAUUCGUGUAAAUGUGGUCAUUUCUGUAGGGGUAAUAAUACCAGCAGAGGUAGUAUUUCCAGGAGUGGUAAUAAUUCGUGUAAAUGUGGUCAUUUCUGUAGGGGUAAUAAUACCAGCAGGGAUAGUAGUAUUUCCAGGAGUGGUAAUAAUUCCUUUAAACGUGGUCAUUUCUGUAGGGGUAAUAAUACCAGCAGAGGUAGUAUUUCCAGGAGUGGUAAUAAUUCGUGUAAAUGUGGUCAUUUCUGUAGGGGUAAUAAUACCAGUAGGGAUAGUAGUAUUUCCAGGAGUGGUAAUAAUUCCUUUAAACGUGGUCAUUUCUGUAGGGGUAAUAAUACCAGCAGAGGUAGUAUUUCCAGGAGUGGUAAUAAUUCGUGUAAAUGUGGUCAUUUCUGUAGGGGUAAUAAUACCAGUAGGGAUAGUAGUAUUUCCAGGAGUGGUAAUAAUUCCUUUAAAUGUGGUCAUUUCUGUAGGGGUAAUAAUACCAGCAGAGGUAGUAUUUCCAGGAGUGGUAAUAAUUCGUGUAAAUGUGGUCAUUUCUGUAGGGGUAAUAAUACCAGCAGAGGUAGUAUUUCCAGGAGUGGUAAUAAUUCGUGUAAAUGUGGUCAUUUCUGUAGGGGUAAUAAUACCAGCAGGGAUAGUAGUAUUUCCAGGAGUGGUAAUAAUUCGUGUAAAUGUGGUCAUUUCUGUAAGGGUAAUAAUACCAGCAGGGAUAGUAGUAUUUCCAGGAGUGGUAAUAAUUCGUGUAAAUGUGGUCAUUUCUGUAGGGGUAAUAAUACCAGCAGAGGUAGUAUUUCCAGGAGUGGUAAUAAUUCGUGUAAAUGUGGUCAUUUCUGUAGGGGUAAUAAUACCAGCAGGGAUAGUAGUAUUUCCAGGAGUGGUAAUAUAUAUGUACACAGUAAAUAAUUUCUCUAGGGGUAGGGGUAGAGUAAUCCCAGCAGAGAUAGUAUUUCCAGGAGUAAAAAUUCCAAAACACCCAAGUUUUGUUAUAUGCUGGAGUUUAUUCUUUAAUUUCAACGUAAGAUCCCCCAUUCGUACUAAUAUACUGCCGUGGCAGAAGAUAUAAUUUGAUAUAUAUUUGAAUAAAUUAGAAACUAAUUUGCUGUCUCGAAUGGACCUAUAUAUAUCCGGUUUUUUAAGUUAUAUGGUAAGUGGAGGCUGUAGCGAAACAAUGAAAUUAUUUUAGCUUAUGGAGAGAUGUUUGAUGGAGGCCGUUAGCAAUACAAAUAGCUUUCCUCGGAGACUCAGAUGCCGAACUGUGCUUCGGCAAUUUGCGGGAUUGCUUGUGGAAGUUGUCCGGAUGUAAUGGACAGUGAAUAAGUUGUGACCGGCUCACUUGUCAUAACAACUUCUGAUGUAUAGAUGUAUGAUUAAGUACUUAUCUUGCCUGAAAUAUUGUCUUCCCCUACCGUCUUGAAAUUCGCUUUUCGUGUUGAUCUAUUUUUAGAAUUGCAAGGAAAAUUUAGACCAGAAAUGAGUAUUUGUCAGAAAAAUAAAACAUACGUCUGACUGCCGCCGCACCUCCACUUUACAUUAGUAGACAAAAGCAGCAGUUUAAGACUUACUUAGUUAAGUAAGGUAACAUUGUGCCUGAAGCAACCAAGUAAGGACAAAUGUGUCAUCAACGGACCAUGAAGACACACAGUGUGUUAGCUUUAUUGUGUAGGGUAUGAACAAAGAAUGUUAAGGAAAUUACAAAGAGUGUUUAGGCUCUCAUUGUUGUAAUGAAUGCUUUGAAUGCGCUACUUUGAUAUUGACAACAUUAAUAAUAAAUUCCAACGCUGAUUAAUUUAUCAAAUUAACAUGUUGUGUUAAAAUGUUCUCAAAGAACUAUUGUAUAUUUAGCCAAGAGUCGUUGUUUUUGUUACAAAUUAAUUGUAUUCGAAUGAAGAUUAUAUUGGGACUUAGUGGUUUAUAGAUGUACUUGGUGUGGCGCGUGACGAUUCCAUUUCCGAUGUCAACCAAGGCAGGAAAGAUUCAGGUGUGUCAAUCAACUGAUUGCGUUGUCAUCACAUACGUUUCCUUGUUGGCGUUUUCUCUAUAUCGCUGCAACUUACUAUCCGCUUACCUUUACUUGAACUCAGUCUUUCAAUAAUGAUUUACAGCUCGACCAAGAGACACCGGUUGUGUGAUUCGGAUACUUACUGAUUAUAUUGUCGAUGGUACCUGAAAUUACCUAAUUGUAUUAGGUAUUAUCUAAAGAUCAGUCGGCUGUAGAGGUCUUGACAGGGAGUCAAAUAUACGUUGAAUGUGCAGUGUUUAAAGUACACAAUUCACCAUUAUUCUACAUAAUUAAAAUUGUCAAUUUUUGCAUGUUAUUGAUACAGAGUAAUUGGCCAAGUGUCGAGUAAUUUCGUUAUGUUCUCUGAUCAUUGCAUACUUCUUACCAGUUACUGUCUGAAUCUACAUAAGAUGUCGUGAAUAAUUAGAGAAUAUUUAGCCACUUGUUUUGUGAAUUCAGUGUGUUCUGUGAUUGUAGCAUGAUUGCUACCAGUUGCUGUCAGAUUGUACACAACAACUCGUGAAUGAUUGAUUAGGGCGCCUCUAAAGUCCGAUAAAGCCGUGUUUCAUUUCACGUAUGCCACAAGUUUGUUGUCGUGUACUUGUUAAAAGUUUGCAGUUUGUACAGUCAAACUCUCCGGUUUGUUAUAGUUGACAUUUCGAGGUGUCUGUGACGUGUGAGGACAACUUGUAGUGUAUUAGUGAUAAUUAUACUCAGAUAAGAGUCGUAUCUGUACUUCAGUUGAACAUUUGGUGUAUUAUUUGUUUGUUACAACUGACAUUUCGAGGUGUCUGUGACGUGUGAGGACAACUUGUAGUGUAUUAGUGAUAAUUAUACUCAGAUAAGAGUCGUAUCUGUACUUCAGUUGAACAUUUGGUGUAUUAUUUGUUUGUUACAGUUGACAUUUCGAGGUGUCUGUGACGUGUGAGGACAACUUGUAGUGUAUUAGUGAUAAUUAUACUCAGAUAAGAGUCGUAUCUGUACUUCAGUUGAACAUUUGGUGUAUUAUUUGUUUGUUACAACUGACAUUUCGAGGUGUCUGUGACGUGUGAGGACAACUUGUAUUGUAUUAGUGAUAAUUAUACUCAGAUAAGAGUCGGAUCUGUACUUCAGUUGAAUAUUUGGUGUAUUAUUUGUUUGUUACAACUGACAUUUCGAGGUGUCUGUGACGUUUGAGGCCAACUUGUAGUGUAUUAGUGAUAAUUAUACUCAGAUAAGAGUCGUAUCUGUACUUCAGUUGAACAUUUGGUGUAUUAUUUGUUUGUUACAACUGACAUUUCGAGGUGUCUGUGACGUGUGAGGACAACUUGUAGUGUAUUAGUGAUAAUUAUACUCAGAUAAGAGUCGUAUCUGUACAGUACUUCAGUUGAACAUUUGGUGUAUUAUUUGUUUGUUACAACUGACAUUUCGAGGUGUCUGUGACGUGUGAGGACAACUUGUAGUGUAUUAGUGAUAAUUAUACUCAGAUAAGAGUCGUAUCUGUACUUCAGUUGAACAUUUGGUGUAUUAUUUGUUUGUUAUAGUUGACAUUUCGAGGUGUCUGUGACGUGUGAGGACAACUUGUAGUGUAUUAGUGAUAAUUAUACUCAGAUAAGAGUCGUAUCUGUACAGUACUUCAGUUGAACAUUUGGUGUAUUAUUUGUUUGUUAUAGUUGACAUUUCGAGGUGUCUGUGACGUGUGAGGACAACUUGUAGUGUAUUAGUGAUAAUUAUACUCAGAUAAGAGUCGUAUCUGUACUUCAGUUGAACAUUUGGUGUAUUAUUUGUUUGUUACAACUGACAUUUCGAGGUGUCUGUGACGUGUGAGGACAACUUGUAGUGUAUUAGUGAUAAUUAUACUCAGAUAAGAGUCGUAUCUGUAAGUACUUCAGUUGAACAUUUGGUGUAUUAUUUGUUUGUUACAACUGACAUUUCGAGGUGUCUGUGACGUGUGAGGCCAACUUGUAGUGUAUUAGUGAUAAUUAUACUCAGAUAAGUCGUAUCUGUACUUCAGUUGAUCAUUUGGCGUAUUGUUUUGUUUGUUUAAUCGGUGAAUAUUGUAGUUCAUGUUAUUUUUCAAUCAAGAUAAACCAUUGUCAAUAUCGAAUCACCUUUGAAGAAAUUCUAUAUUCGGUUGUAAUAAUAAAGGUUACUGUAGGCUAUAAACGUUGACUUUUCACUAAAAGUAACACGUGUUUAUCUAAACUGUGUAGUGUUUUAAUUGACUUGUAUAAAUUCUCAACAUUUAAUCUGUAACGUAUGCGUCAGGAUGCAAUGAUGAUCGUUAUUUCU